GACUUUCCUGCAAAAACACAAAACCAGCUCAUCUGAGUGUGACCUGCUGCAACAAUCAAAGCUUCUGCCGUUCCCUUAGCGUGCAUCUUUUGUUUCCACCUGCUUUAACAGGCAUUAACCCAGUCCCCUGUACUUACUCAGCAGCCACAGUUUGCGACAGUCCUUCUGGCUUUACGGUGACGGAAACCGUCUCAGCUGAAGUAAACAUGUGGAGAGUUCACUAGUCAAACGAAUCUUUUCUGAUGGAGAACUACAGUAAAGCUCGGACGGUGGAGCAGCCGCCAGUCUGCCCGUUCCCUGACCUCCCUCCUGACACGCCUGAGGUCCGAGUAAAAGACGGCAGCAAGAUCCGUAAUCUGCUGCGUUACGCCCUGAGCCGCAUGGAGGCCAAAGCACGAGCGUCUGAAGAGGAAGAUCGACCUCCGCCUGAGGAGGGAGGAGGCGGCGAGGCUGCAGAGGGACAAAAGGAAGCGGCGGCCCGGCCGCUCUGCAGUCACAUCAUCUUCACGGCGAGCGGGAAGGGCGUGUCCAAAGCCAUCACGUGUGCCGAGAUCGUAAAGCGGCGAGUGAAGGGUCUCCACCAGCUCACCAAGCUGCUGUACAGCACCGUGGUGGAGGUGUGGGAGCCGCUGGAGCCCACCGCUGGACUCGACAGCCUCACCGUGAACCGGAACCUGCCCGCCAUCUGGAUCCUGCUUUCCAGAGAGCCCCUGGACAUCAGCCAGCCCGGGUACCAGCCCCCAGGACGCUACGACCUGCUCUGGGCUCAGUCUGUGUCUAAGGAGGAGGAGAGAGGGUCCACGGGACAGAGACCAGGACAUAAGAGGAAGAAAGGAGGAGGAGGAGGAGGAGCGGGCAGAGGGCGGGGAGCAGGGCGCCACAGCGGCCGUCCCAGAGACGCCCCUAAGUGACAGUUUACUGAACUAUUUCAUAAAUCUCACAAACAGGAAAUAGAGGAAAACACUGUGAAAGCAAAGACCUUUGACUUUUCUUCAGUUUCAGAUACUUUCUUCAAAAAUCAGCCUGUAGAGACGUUGAACUCUGCAGCAGAGAAUAUUCUUUAUUAAAGUCUGUGGGUUAUCAGA